AUGGAUAUUCCCUAUUUACCAAAUUGUCCCGUUUUUGUGUUUGAUGGCAAAAAUAAUUUUGAGAGUUGGUAUCAACAGAUGAAGAAUUUUUUCAAUGUUGUUGGACUAUGGUCCAUUAUUGAUACAGGGUUCGUGAAAACCGCAGAAGGCACAACAUUGACCGGUGAAGCAGCUAAAGAUUUGGAGAAAAAUAGACAAUUGGAUUAUAAGGCACGUUUCUACCUUGACAGCAAGGUCGAAUUGUAUGUGUACAAUAAAUUUUUACAUGUAAAGUCAGCAAAGGAGACUUGGAAAAUUUUGGUUAAUUCACAUCGAGGUUCUGCAGACGUAAGAAAAGUCAAAUUGCAAGAGCUUAGAAGACAAUACGAGUUGGCCCAAAUGAAACCUACAGAGUCUGUCAAAGAAUUCUUUACAAGAGUUAUUGAUAUUGUCAACGAUAUGACGACAAACGGAGAAACAUUAGAUCAAGUUAAAGUUGUUGAAAAAAUAUUGCGGCCCUUGAGUAUAAAAUCUCACACUAAGAAGACGGUUCUUGAGGCAACCAAAGAUCUUAGCACUUUGACACUUGAUGAUGUAGAAGGUGAACUGGUGACAUAUGAGAUGUCCCUGAAUCAACAAACAACUAAAACAGUUGAUGAGGCAUUGCAAGCAAAGGUGAACCAACCUAAAGAAAAAGAAGAAACAUCAAAUCUGGCUGAAACAAAUCAAUGA